CCUCGUAAAAGAAUAACACCACCCCUCCUCCCAUGGGUGUCGUAAGAGGCGACUAAGGGAUGCUCCAGAGAAUGGGCACCAACAUUCUCCGAGUAUUAUAACAGCAUACGGCAAUCGCCAAUCCGCAUGCCAAGCGUGGUUAUUAUGGCAACCCGACUUGGCUGCAAUUAACAAAAUCGCCGCCCAGCCCCCGCAGCUUAACUAUUUCUGACUACAGUAGCGGCCAAGGUAACGGCAUGGCAGGGGGUGCUAAAAAUAUCUAAAUGGCAAAUGACAAAAAGGCAAAUAUUCAAUGAUAUCAAUGUGAUCAAUACGGUUUAAACUAGAAUUAAUAAUUGAUAGGCAAGAGACAUUGAAUCUCAAUAUCAAGCUGGAGAGAUUCAGACUAAUGAGAUCAACGCCCCGUCCAGCACUCAGAUUCAAACUCCUGGGCACUUUCAGCUCGAACUUCAAGACCGUUUGAAUCGCCUAAGAGGAUCUACGGACGAUUAUAACGACGGGCUUGUGCUGUACAUAUAAUCGAUUCCAAAGUUUUUGGGACCCAUCGUACAAACAGAACCAAAAAUUUCUCAGACCCUCCUCUUAAGCUCAUGGGAGGACAACGCGGAAUGGUUUUGUUGAUUUCAGAAGAUUCGUGUAAAUCUUGGCAGCUCAACAAAUAGGUCUCAAGGUCUCUUAAAUCAGGUCUACGCCGUUUUAAAACCGUGCGUAUUAAGAAGGAUAUAGGGUGAAACAACGGCUCCAAGGUGUAUACAAGAGAUCUCUCUGAGUAGAGUCGGCUGAUGAAACUGGAGACCCGUGAUGGCAGAAUCUUUUUAUCUAAGCCUGAGCUUUUAAGAGAGGUCGUGAAGUUCUGUGUAGCGUACCCAAUACAUAGAUUAAUGGGCAGUUCUGAAGGAUUAACGCUGUUGCUGCUGUCUACCUUAUUGUAUGGCGAAUGGCCCAUCCUUCAAAUAAGAGGCUACAAGGCUACUUCGAGCAGUGAAGAACUUACCCACCUACGCGGUUCACUAGAAACCUCCUUUAAUUACGACAAAAAAUUCAUAUUUUAAUGUUGGGUGCCCGACUGGCAUGGGACUUUCGGUUUGUCAGUUCUGAUAUCGAUCGGGGACGCGUGUUUGCCGCUUCAGAGUCUGGCGCGUACUACUAGGGGGUGCGAUAGAUGCGCGGGCGCGGGUAGCGCGGGGUGGGUCGUCGCCGCACGGACCUGAGUCACAUUUCCUUUGGCUACUGUUGCCCCGCGAAACGGAACGCUCCUAUAUCGUCUUCUCGCAUUAAAACUGUUUAAUCUCAAAAAUGACUAAUUUUACAGGAGAGCGUUUUAACGGUUUAACAUGUGAUAUUUUUAAUAUUAAUCAUCUUUGCCAUAUUCAUUUUUUUAUUUUUUAUCGGUUACAUUAUCUGUAUUUUAAAGUAAGAUAAAAUUAUGUAUUAAUUUUGUUAGUAAUCAAAAUAUACGUAAACAAAAAAAAAACUAAACUACGCUCUUUUGACCGUAUUUAUGAGAAAAACACUGGUGAUACUAAUAAUGAUUCCACAUAUUAACACUAUUUCGAAAUUUUACACUUUUAAUGCGAAAAUACGAUAUAACAAAUUAAAUGCAGGUAAAAUCGCGGUAUAAUUAACUGUCCAAAACGAAAUGCUUUGCUGUGUGGUAUCUUCAUAAUUUUAAAUAUCUUAAAGUAAAAAAUGCAAACAAUAUAGAAAUUUAUAUUAAUUACGAGACGACAGCUGCAUAAAUAUUAAUUCACAACACAAAAUAUAGUAUAAAAUCGACAAAAAGAACAAUUCUGUUAAUUAUUGCACGUAAGAUUGACGAAGCCCUGUGAAUUGAAGAAUUGGGCCACAAAAAUGCUCUGGUCAUUAGUUUUCUUGGCGUUUCUGAAGCUGACCGCCGGUGUUCGCUAUGAAUCGUUUUCUGGUCUACCAGCGACUGAUGAAAAGAUCCAAUACUUCAUCAAACAGGAAAAUUUAGAUAACUGCACCAAUGACAUUCAACUCCCCUGCGACCCCAAUGAGAGACGACGUCUAGAUGGCUCAUGCAGUAAUUUCGACUAUCCGUCAAGAGGAACAUUCCAUACCCCUGUGAUAAGAUUGUUACCCGAAGCCGACUGUGGAGACGAUGAAACCUCUCCAUCUGGAGCUCCUUUAAAAUCUGCCCGGGAAGUCAGGCAGCGUAUUUUACAGACAGGGAAGGCAUCAGACCUCUCAUACACACAACUAUUGGCGAUUAUCUCGACAAUCAUAUUUGCUGACCUUGGUUCAAUCCAUGAUUCCGUGAAUUUGUUAACGGAGACCACAAAUUGUUGCACAGCGGAAGGAAAAUCAAAUUAUAUGUGCACGCCUAUAGAUAUUCCCCAGGACGACCCUGUCCAUAGGUUCUCUGGUAUACGCUGCUUGAAUCUCACUCGACCGAAAUCGUUCCAGACUUAUGGCUGCCUUGCUGACUCGAAUGUAGACAGAAUCGAAUUCACAACACCGUUAUUUGAUUUAUCGACUAUCUACCGAUCGACCGAACCGGCUCCAGAAUACAGAACAUACAGUGGCGGAUUACUGAUGACCCAAGAGGCCGAUGGCACCAUCUUCCCCCCACAAGAAGGACCGCACAGCAAUAAAUGCUUGCAAAACGACGCGUCUAAUGGAGAAACGAAAUGUUUUGGCCCUGUUUCAACAUCGAUUCUGCCGGUCACAUUGUUGGUCGUGUGGUGGUGGAGACUACACAAUAAGAUCGCCAAAGAACUAAACGAAAUCAAUCCUCAUUGGGAUGACGAAACAUUGUUCCAAACUGCAAGGGACAUUAACAUCGCAAUAACAAACCAAUUUGUUUACUACGAAUUGCUGCCAACUCUAUUCGGUGAAGAAUUCUGUUUGAAAAAUGAGCUGAUUCACUCUGAAUCUGGACACAGAGACCUUUACGAUGAGUCUAUACCUGCUACUUAUCUCGAAUACUACCUCGCUUUGAGAUGGUUCCACUUGGUUUCAGAGGGUGAUUUGAAACUUUUCGACGAGGAUUUCAAGUACGUGGGCAAAAAAAUGGUAACAGACCUCUCUUUACAUACUGAUUUCUUGAUGAGAGAUAAGAACUUGGCAAAAAUGACACGAGGAACUUACUAUCAGGCUGGAGGAGAUAAUGAUAGAGCUGUAGACCCGGCCAUUUGUGAUAAGGGAUUAGGAAUAAUGCAAAAAGCAUCCGACCUUACAGCAGCGGAUUUGAGGAAAAAUCAGCUUUUCAAAAUUCCACCUUACGUCGACUACGUAAAACUGUGCCAUGAUGUCGAAAUUAAAACAUGGAAAGACAUGUUGAAAUUCAUUGACAUGGAUCGAAUUGAAAGUCUGCAAGAAAUUUACGAAACCCCUGGUGACGUGGAACUCCUGGCAGGAAUCUGGAUUGAAAGACCUAUGGAGGGAGGUUACGUUCCUCCAACCGCAGCUUGUAUCAUAAACAAACAACUGUCUCUCACUAUGAAAGCUGACAGACAUUGGUAUGAGAGAUCGGACAGACCCUACGCUUUCAAUGUCGCUCAGCUGGCGGAAAUAAGAAAAGCAACAGUUGCAGGCUUCCUUUGCGAAGUUGGUGACGGUGUAGAGAGAAUCCAACGGGAGGCACUUAAAAGAGUGACUGCUUCGAAUCCAUUGGUCAGCUGCCAAGAAAUCCCGAGAUGGAAUCUCGCUGCUUGGAAAGAAUCUAAGUGAGAUUAAUGAUUUUAAAGCUGCAACUAAAAAACCAACAACACAUUCGUAACUUUACAGAUUUACUAAAUCCGAACAAAUCAUUGUUUUCUGAAGCGAUAAUCGUUCGGGGAAUUACCACGAAAGGAAAGGUCUUCCAUCACUUAGAACCACCAAUAUGGACAAUAUUGUUGUUGAUUUUUUUUUUAAUGCAAACGAAUGGUAAGAAUAUUUUAAGCGCGACUUACAUUUUUGUCAAAUAUAUUCUAUUCUAUCAUACCUACCCCUAUACCAUGUAAUUAUUUGAUUUUAAUGAAAUAUGAAUUAAGAGUAUUUUUGAAAGAAAAAAAAGGCCAGACACAUUUAUUCUUUACACCAUUUCUGUUUCCGAAACUGAAAAUCAAUGAAAUUAUCCUAAGCUUUUCCUUCUAGUCGUAAUCUUCCUUGCGGCCAUAGCUUAAUUUUUAUAUUAUUUUCUGUAACACGCAUCGCAACGAAUCACGUUUUUUUCCAAUACUUAAAAUCAUACUGAUUUCAGUGAUUUUCCUUUAAUUUUAAAUGUUCAUUAUUUCUUUGUUAUUGUUUAAAUUAAUAUUGUUGGUAAUUUUUAACGGCGUCCAUUGUUUUUGUUCAAUUUUAACUGUUUUACGUUACGCAAAUAAAUAUUAUAUGCAAAUGAA